AUUUCUUUAUGUGUAUUUGUACUAUUUAUGAAGGUCAGAAGACUGCGUCUAAAGCCACGGUUACCUAUUAUUUUUAUUUUGGCAACAAGUAAUGGUUGGUUAUUAUUGCAGCAAUUUUGAAAAGUAAUUAUAAUGCAAAAAUGGACUUCAGCGGUCAUUUUUCAAAUUUCCAAAGAUAAUAAAAUAAUGUAUCCUAAUACUUUCUUAAUACAAUGGCUCCGAUCCGAGAUAUUUUCUGUAUUACUUAUGGACGGUUGGUAAUGAACACUGUGAUGAAUGAUGUUAUGGUUAGUAAGCGCUAAGUCGUUGGGAUACAGAUAAAAUUUUUAUAUUCUCCUUGGCUAUAAAUUGUUAUUUUCUUCUUAACGUCUAUCUGGCGCUUUGACACAUGUCAAACGAAUGUUGAAAACAAUUGUGAAGAUUUUUUCCGAAAGAUCUAAAACGGACUCUAUCUUGAUAUGACUAGUCAACAUAGUAUCACAGACGAUCGGAAGAGCAUUACGCCACAGUCCCCUGCAGAAUUGGAGUUUCAGUUCCCUUCGAAAUACGAUGACAUAGAACAUCCAGUAUGGUGGACUCGGGACCGCCUGGUCUCCUGUUUCUACUCGCUCCCAGAAGACACCGUGUGGAACAGCUAUAUCUGCAUCAUGUCGCUCUCCGCCAUUGUUUGGGUGGCGGUCGACUUCACCGGAACGCACUUGGAGAUCUUGGAUGCGGCUUACAACAUCAGCUAUGCUGUGCAUGUCAUGGGCCUCGGAUACAAUCUCUUCGCCGGAGUUGAGCGGCCCAAUAUCAAUAUUAAGAUUCUGAUUGGAUUCUUGUUGGAUCUCGUGACGUAUUCUCAUUACGUGAGCCGCCAGCAGGACUUCAAGCUUGGCUGUUAUUUCAUUAGGCUACACCGACCUUUCAGAUACCUAUGGGAACUGAACAAUUAUUAUUUGAAUGGAAGUGUUCUCGGCACGACGCUCAAAUACUGCUACAUUUGCUUGGUUUUGAGGGUCACGUGGGCCCUCGUUUGGCUCAAUAUCGACCAGCUGGAACGCGACUUCGCCGGACUCCUACAUGUCAAGCGGGCUCUGUACGCCCUCCACUCGGAAACCGACCUUAAAGGCAAGCUCAUGGGGUCGGCCGCAGUCCGCUUCGUGAAUGCGCUGUACAGCGUCAACAAGAUGUUCAUACCGAUAGGUCCUUCAGUAGCGCCCGGCAACGAUUUGGAGCGAGUGCUCUGCAUGCUCGUGAUGAUGAUGGGAUGCCUCGUGGUGACCGGCGCAGCGGUCGCGUCCCUGUCUCUGGUGAUCAGUCUGUACAUGCGCCCCGAAGAGCAGUUCCAAGCUCGAUAUAAGCUCAUUAUGAAGGAGAUGAAAGGUUCGCGCCUGCCUGCUCGUCAGCGGGAGAGGGUAGAGACAUUCUACAAGAUGUACUGGCACAAGCAGAAGGCCGUGUCUCGCACUGAGCUCCUGCCGACCUUCCCCCCCACCUUACCUGCCGCUGUCUACAACGAUAUAUACUUCGAAGCCACACAGAAGACUAGAAUUCUGCGGGAUCUUUCAAAUCAGUUCCUGUCUGAGUUAGCUAAGAAGACGGAAACGAUACAUUAUAUUCCCGGUGAUGCUAUCAUCAAGAGAUCCUCAAAGAAGUCUUCCAUCAUUUACAUCACUUAUGGAGAUGUUGAGAUGGUUACGGCGGAGGACGACAGCACGGCCGUGCUCCGCAUGACGCGCGGCACCGUGCUGGGCCCGUGCGCGCUGUGCGUGCCCGCCCCGCUCGAGGUGCGCGCCGCCACCUUCUGCACCGCGCACGUGCUCAGCGUCGCCGACCUGUGGAGGACGGCGGCCAAGUACGGCCGGACCGACGAGCAGACGACGAUCCUGUGGGCCGCAGUUAAGGAGCAUUUGGAGCGAGUGAAGUUUCAUUAUUUAUCGAAAAUACCAGAAGCCGUGAAGCACCAGAGUAGCCUACUAUAUUUCAAAAAAUGUCUAAUGGCUCUAAGGCAAGCGAGGGAUCGGAACGGGAAUCUUAUAUUAGCGGAAAGCCACGUCAUGUUGGAGAUCGCUGGUUGUUACAUCAUGAGGAAUCAUGGUGACGCGUCUCUCACCGACGAAGCCGACGCCAUUUGUCUCCGCUCCACGUUCCCCUGCAUCAUGCAGCCAAACUCCUCUCUCCUGUUGGUCUGGAACUUUUUCGUAUCCUUUGUAAUAGUGGCGGUCUGUUUUACACACCCGUACUACUUGGUAUUCAAGAAGACGGUCCCGUUGGAGUUUAGGUUCUUCGACUACGUGAUCUCAAUUAUAUAUGCGCUGGACAUAGUGGUGCAUCUCUCCACCGGAGCCAACGUAGAGGAAGGAGUUCCAAUAACAUUCUCGCAAACGUCCUCGCAGCAUAUGAGGAGUCGUUGGUUUGUCCUCGACGUCGUUGGGACUGUGCCGAUCUUCGAAUUCAUUGGUGAAGGUUAUUUCGCCGGAAUGAAUAAGCUGUUGAGGCUGCCUAAGGUGUUCCGAAUACUGAAGAGAAUUGAGGAGACGUGCGUGUACCGAAGCAAUGUGUUAAGAUUCCUCUCGUACACCCUCCUGCUGGUGAUCGCCUGCUACAUGAUCACGGCGCUGCAGCAGGCCUUCAUGUGCUUCCAGUUCGAGUACUGUCAAGUGUCCAACUUCACGCACCGCCCGUACUGGGAGCACAAGCCGCUGGACGACGCCAUGGUGGAGAGCAGACUGAGCUUCGGUCUCUACUGGGCGAUAUCCAUGAUCACGUUUACUUGUCACAUGCCGAUCUGGGGCGCAGAUAACUUCAACAAUGUGAUAUACACGAUGUUGCUACUCGAAAUGUGUAUAGUGCUGCGAAUUUUCAUGGAGGCUGUCUAUUCUGCCACCAUCAUGGUCACCAGCGCACUACGAGAAGACUACGACGCUUGUAUCGAGAAUGUCAAGAAUUUCCUGAUCAGGAAACAAAUGGAUCCCGUAUUAAGACAGAGAUUCAUCACUUACCUCCAGCUCUGCUGGUAUACUGAUAAGGCCUAUUCGAUGACGAACAAGAAGAGUUCAAUAUUCUACGACCUGCCCGCGCACGUGUACCGCGACAUAGUGACGCGCCAGCGCAGCAAGUACAUCGAGCGGAUACCCUUCGUGCAGUUUAUCCACGGGGAAGAUCUAUGUGAUCUGUCAUCAAAGGCCAAACUCUUUUACACGUCUCCAAACGAGAUCCUACUGAACACCGGAGACAUUACAAAUGAAAUGUACGUCAUUAAGCAAGGGAUCUGUGAGGUGUAUUGUCCGAUCACGAAGCGCGUCGUCAAGGCGAUAGGACCGAAAAGCCAUUUUGGUGUGCUCACCUGCAUUUUACACUUGCCAGCGUUUUACACAGUGAAGGCGGUAACACACGUUCAGAUGUUUUCUGUGGCGAGAAAACAGCUGCUGCGGACACUGGAGAUGCCCAAAGUCAAAGAUGCUAUAGAAUAUGCCAAAAGAACGCCCGAAUACCAUCGCCUUCUCCGGCAUCGCGAACCCUUCCUAUCGUACUCACCGCCCGAUCCGAUCCCCAACAUGGAAAGGUUCCUCCUGCCGAGGAAGCACCUGCCGGACACGGCAUUCUUGCAGCCCUUCGAUAGGCUUGGCUUUUUAUCGGUACUAAGAUACAUAUUUCCUCGGUUCACGAUCCGGCCGGACGGUCGCUACCUGACGGUGUACGAGUGCGUCCGCGCCCUGUGCGCGCUCGCCUCCUCCAUGGUGUUCCCCAACUACACGUACCUGGUGCUGCAGUGGCCCAGUCUGUACCACGUGUCCGUCAUACUAGACGCGACUGCUUAUUUUGAUGUUCUUCAACGGAUGCUAGUGGGUUAUUUCAACGAGCACGGCGUCCUGGUCUACCACCCGGCCAGUACUGCGGCUCAUUAUUUGAAAGGAGCCUUCAUCGUGGACGUCAUUGCUUGUCUCCAACUCGAAAAUUUGGAGUCGAGCACCAAGGAGUCUUUCGGCGACAUGUACCGCGUGACGCACAUGACUCAGAUCUUGAUGCUCAAUCGUUUGAUUCAGUUGUACCGCAUCCCCAGCGCCAUGGUCCUGCUCAAGAAAUACAUCGAACGCAGAGAUAUUAUGAUCGUGUUGAAGGCCACGCCGAUAUUCUUGGCGACAUUAAACGUUCUCACGUGUCUGAUGGUUUUCUACUCUGUGGACGUUUACUACUCGUUGGGAGAGAAGGGCUGGCUGAUAGUGCCGACCCGGGACCGCGGCGGCUCUUGGCUGCAUCUAUUCGAGAAUGCAUUUCGUUACAAUAUGACGGCGACUCCUUGGAACAUACAUCUCUCCUGCUACUUCUGGGUCGUGUACGAGGCCACCAGCACCGGGUACAACUCAUUGCAUCCAAGCAACUUGGAACUGAUGUGGGUGCUGUUCAUCGGGAUGGUGUUUUGUGCGAUGAUAACUACGUAUUUCUCCGUACGCAUUAUAAGCGUGCGAGCGAACGUGAACCAGGCGCUGGCCUCAUUCCAGGAGCACAUGAGGGACAUGGUCGUCUACAUGAGACGCGAGAAAUUGGAUCCGGCAUUAACGAAAGAAGUGUUGGACUAUUACGAAUACAAUUGGGAUAAGAUGAGGGGGAUCGAUUAUAUGAGUUUGCUGAAACUGUGCGAUCAGAUCACGCUACGCACCGAUGCCACUUUACACAUUUUUGGGCCCCCCUUUGCUAAGUGUCGGAUUCUGUCCCACUGCGACCUGUCCCUCCUGCGGAUCAUGGGGCGGGCAGUUCGCAGCGUGCACUUCCUGAGAGGCACGAGGAUCAUCGAGGCCAACGACGUGAUUGCCGAUAUGUACAUCCUGGACUACGGAGAUGUGGACAUGAUAGAAAUCAGGGGGUCCAUGAGUAAUGUCGUCAAUUUGCCGAAAGGAAGCGUAUUCGGUAAUCUCGAAGGCGCUCCGAACAUAAGAUGCCCAGUAACGUUUAUGUCAACGUCCAAAGCUCAUCUGCUGAUGAUUAACUCGAAAUUGUUCCAUCAAAUCAUUAAAGACUUUCCUGCCGUGGUUCAGCUAAUGAAAGAGUGUCGAUCGGAAGACACUAAGUGCUAUAUACUAGGCAACGUGGGUGACGCCUUCAAAAUCAGAAAGGAAAGGAGUAUGAGCUCUCCCAUUCUCUUUCGAAAGAGGAAAGGAUUGAUCAAAUAUUUGUAUUACAAAGACAAACUAGUGCAGAUAUAUUUGAUAGCAAUAUCGCUGAUAUGCGUCUACGGCGAUUUGUAUAAUGCCGGUUUUCAAGACAACAGAACAUGGCUGAUUCUUACUUUAUACGCAUUGGACAUGGGGUUCUACGUAAAGAUCCUGAUGCAAUACAUAUUGCCUCAAAUUGUUGUGGAAACGGACCAUUCUAAGAAUGUUUUGCUUCCGAUGCGCACGAAAUACUUCAAAGGCGAAUUCAAAUACGAUUUGAUAUCGUGCAUUCCGUUCGAGUUGUUCAGUUUACUGGCCACCGACAACCGGUGGUGUAUGUUCUCCUUGCUGCGAAUGAACAGGACGCUCAGGGUUGUAACAGUCUACAGAUGCCUGUUGAAGCUCCGAGAGCGGAUAACCAGCAACCUGAUCAUCAGCACCAUCAACUCGGUAUUCAUCUGGUUCACUCUGUUCGUGCACGCGACCACCUGCCUCUGGUACUUCAUAGCGGUCAUGGAGGACAGCCACGAGCCGGGGACCUCGUGGCUUCACGCCGAUAACGGCGAUAGUAUGUGCCACAAUAUGUACAUAUGUUCGUUGUAUUUCAUAUUGACAACGUUUACACAAAACGGCGUGGGAGAUAUUAUGCCCAAGAAGCAUUCGGAGGUCAUAUUCGUGUCCAUACUGCAAAUAGUAUCGACUAUGCUCUACAUGGUGUACGUUGGAGAGUUCUCAAACAUCAUUCAGUACCUAUCGUUUAGAUCCUUUACUUUCUAUUCCACUUAUCUUCAAUUACAAGAAUUUUUACACAACAACCGCGUGUCCAAAAAUUUGGUAGCGAUCGUGAACAAGUACUGCCUGCACUUGUGGCGGGAGUCCCGGGGCCUCCAGCAGCCGCACUUCCUGGAGACGGCGCCCCACGGACUGCGGCUCGAGAUCAUGUCGGCUGCCUACUUGAACCAUCUGACUAGGCACCAUGUAUUCGAAAACUGCGAGGCAGCUUUUCUAAGGCAACUUGUUGGAUGCUUUAAGCUUUACUCUUACAACGAAGACAUGUAUGUUGUGAAAGAGAGUGAGAUAACAGAUUCGAUGUAUUUCAUUCACACCGGCCGAGUUCAGGAGACUUCGGAAGCGAGAGACGGCUCUGCCAGAAUAUACACGGCUGGAACUUGUUUUGGAGUUUCGCAAGGACUCGUUCGAAACACCCCCUACAUGAAUUCAUAUCGUACUUUAACAAAAUCACAAGUUUUAACUCUGAAUUACAACCAUUGGGAGUAUCUCCUGAAACAUUUCCCUUCGAGCAUGGUCGCUAUAAAUAGACACACAAAAGGUUCAGAAGAUGAAGGCAAAGAUGAUCACGGUUUCUUUCCUAAAUUCAAACAGAGACCGUCAUUUGAGCGAACAGAGACAGGCACUUCGUUGCCCCCUCGUUUAGGUUCAGAACAAUCAUCAAGAUAUGCAGGACCACAUGAGGCGGAUAUUCCUACCGCAUCCGAAUCGAAUGAUACAGAAAAAUGGCCAAUGAACAGUAGAGGUACAUUAGAAGAAGAACCAGUAGAUCUUUUGUCUGAGGAACAAAAUGAAAUAGAACUAAAAGAGCUAUCGAUAGGUGAAUCUUCCGGCUCCGUAUCACGGUCCACUCGGGAUCCGAGACAACCUCAAUACGUGGAUCGAGUCGAGAGACGCUCAUCAGCUUUAAUAAACAAGGCUAGUUCAACAGCCAAAGAUUUAAUGGAAAAACAAGAUAAUGAAACUGUGGAACAAAGUGAUGUUGCUGAUGACAAAGACAUACUGCUCUUACAAGAAGACGAAGAAUCUACUUUGGCUUUGAUUAAAAUCACCGACGAAAACAAACCACCAGAAUCAAAGUUUGAGCCUGAUUCAGAAAUGAUUCAAAGAGAUUCGAAUAUUGAUGCGGCUGAAGAGCUCAUGGGAACCAUAGAUAUAACCCAGUCACACGAUACACAACCUAAAGUCGAUCAAACAGAGCUAGAUAAGGAGAAAUCUGAUGAUAUAUUACCUUCUAAUUUGGAUUCGGAAAAUAAAUUCGACAUUGCGACGUCUGUCGCAAAAUCAAGCAAACGUUUUGUUAAAGUGAGAUACGAAGAUGAAGAGAAAGAGGCACCUACGAGUACAACUAAAACAAUGUCUGAUGAAGAGGCGAGUACAAGCAAAGCAGAAGAACUGCUGACCAAAGAACGAAACUUGAGGACUUUGGACAGCGAUACCUAUCUAAAUCUGAUACCUGAUACAGAAGAAGUGGAAGAGGAAGAGAGCUCAGACAGCAGUAGUUCUACGUCCCUAAAACGAAGAUAUCCAAGACCUUCCAAUUUUUGAAUUAGUAAAAAAUCAUUGGUCAAUAAAGUCUGAAUAAAGUCUGAUAAAGUAAAAGGCCGAUGUUUGAAACAAACCAUAUGCUCUUAAAUCACCUUAAUCAUCGGCCAUAAAGUAGAUUUAUUACUUGAUCAAAAUUUUAAUACAGCUAUCGAAACGAUCAUUACUUGUUCAAUUUGUUUAAACAUUGAAAUAAUGUAAACCGAUUAGAUUGAAUUCUAUAAAUAAAUCAUCGAGAUACUAAGGGAGCUCAUUCACAUAUGUUUUUAUGAAAUCAACGUUUAUCAAUCGGUGUAGCGAACAUUUGGAUGUUUGCCAAAGCUUCAAAUAUUUUCGAGUCAAGAUCGUUGUAGUUGAAACUCAAUCCGUUUGAUUCCGCAACGCUGAUGUGUUUCGCGAUUUGUUAUAGCAUAGCGCCAAUCUUGGAAUAAUGAAUAUCCAAAUUUUCUGCGCAAAAGCUUCGAAAGCUUCUGCAUCCAGAUUUGAUUUCCAGUUAGAGUCAAAAUCCUUAAUAAAUAUGAGAAUCGAGUCCCUAGAUGUACAAUUAAUUACAUAUACUUACAACCUUAUUCUUCUUCAAUCUUAUCCUCUUGCCACGGAUGUUGAGAUACAGGUUUUUAUGGGUGGACAAGCUUACAGUCCACCUGGUGUUAAGCGGUUACUGGGGCCCAUAGAGAACUGCAACGUAAAUGCGCCACCCACCUUGAGAUAUUAGUUCUAAGGUCUCAGUAUAGUUACAACGGCUGCCCCGCCCUUCAAACCGAAACGCAUUACUGCUUCACUGCAGAAAUAGGUGUUCGUUCACAGUGAUUUUGUUUCAGCGCUAGUUCUAUUUUAAACCUAUUCCUAGUCGAAUGUUCCAGUGAUUGUAAAUGUGUUGGGUUACCAUUGAAAAGCAUAAAUAAAAUAAAAAAACUUUAUUCCAAAACUUAGUUAUUCAACAAGAAUAAAUUAUCUCAAAGAUGUUCAACAAGAGAAGUAACGUCCAUUUUAUAAUGAAACAUGACAUUACAGAGAUGUCUUUCACAUUUCCUAAUGCUUCAGUUCAAUUGGAAUGCCCAGCACGUAAACUAUGUCACAUUUUAUUUGCAUGUUGUGUACAUUGCUGUUUAUUGUUUUUCAUUGCCGAUCGUCUGCGUACGAAUAUCCAAUGCUGUCAACCAUUCAAGUUAUUUAAAUGCUCGGGAUUGUACAAAACUAACUUAUAAAUAACUUAAGUGCUAAUAUUACGGUUUCUUAGAGAUAUUGUUUGUAUUUUUUUGAUUUUUUUUUGGUUCGUUUAAUCCGCCAUCCUCGUAUGAUCUCCUUCGAGUUGGCUUAUCUUGUCUGCAUCU